UAAUUUGAAAUGAUUUUAAAAGGUCUCAUAUUUCAUGUAGACUCGUUAAAAUUUGUUUGCAAUUCAAGUAGUUUUCUCAAACGAACUAGGGAUACACGUGAAAACAUUAGAAAAGGUGUCUGCUCUAAAAUCAGUUUGGUAAACAUCAAUUAUGCUUACAAAGUAUUCGGUGCUGUUUUUCUUCUUAGCUCUGGUGAACGAGAAGUACAUUGCAUUUAUACAGUACCGAAGUUUGACAGAUAAAUCACAUUGCUCUAAACCGUUACGAACGAUUGAUCUUCGUUAUGACUUAGACGCAGCAGAAAUAACAUGGCAAGGAGGUAUAAUCGAAGAUUGUAGUAUAAAUGUAAAGCCUUUGGAUGAAACGGACAAUUUGCGUCUCGAACUUGCAGCAAACAAUAUUCCAUGCGACAAAAAUGUGACCGUUUCAUUUGUAAACAGUCCUUUAGGAGAUCAUAAAGAUGUGACUUAUGUGGUAGGGUGUAAUGUGAACCCAGUGAUGUGUAUGGUUUUCAAGUCAAAUGUAAUGAUUACAGUUAAUGCACCACACGCGAUUGCAACACAAAACGAUCUUUUUCGAUUGAGACUGGAAAUCAUUGUCUCUUUACUUCCUAAAAUUACAGAAGACGUUUCGACUGUGACAUCUGAACAUUUAGUCAAAAAUUAUGAUGGAGUCUGCCAAUUACCAGUAGACCGACCUGAUGUAUAUUUUUUGGCAAUAGAAUACUGCGUGAUUUAUAAAUGUUCCAUAAUAGAUGAUUGUAUAGCUUCAUUUAAUUGGGAUAUUCAAGAUGACUUCAAGAUAUUACGAUUCACUACACCUGAUACACCAAGACUUUACAACGAGGACAACCAUGACUACCAUGAUCAUCACGAAUUGCCUACUACAGAGUCCAAGCUAGAUGUGAAUAGUAUCAUUGCUAUCAUUGGAGGUGUUGUAACAAGCUUACUUAUACCUAUUAUUCUGCUUGUUGUUAGAAGAAAAAUGCAAACUCCAAAAAACGAAACUGUUACAGUUAAUAAUGAUCCAGAACAGGAAGAAGACGAAGAAACGCAAAAUAAUCGACAAUCAUUAAUAAGCGAAGAAUCAUUUCAAACAAUUUGAACCAACUUUGAUCAGCACAAAAAAUGUACAAUCGUUAAUCUUCGUGAACAAAACUAUGUAUCGAUAGAUUGCAGAUAAUAGAAGUCUGAUGUAGUUUUUUUGUAAUUACAAAUGAAAGAUUAUUUACCAAAUGCAAUUCGUUUUCAUGUUGUAUAGUACUAUCCAUACUUACCUUUACGUCGUUUGAGAAGAAUAAUAAUGACAAGAUGCGAUUUGAUUCGGACUAUUUCAGAUCAAUCCCUUUCAGUAAAAGACGAAAUAUGUGGCUGCCGUAUUUUCAAGAUAAAAAAUGUAGCAUGAAAAGAUAUGAAGUAAGGAUCACGUGGCAUAUGCCAUAUACUGCUCUGUUUUGAUUUUUUUUUUAUCCCGAAUCGUAUUUGUUUAAAUAAACUUUAAUGUUUAAAUUUCUGAGAGUUUUGUCUUCAAUAUAAUAAACAAAAAAAAUAGAGAGGGGAGUGCAAUUAAAAUCGAAAAGAUACAACUAAGGAAGCGUUUUAAAAACAAAGAAAAACUAAAUUAUCCCUGAACUUUCUUAAAAGUAAAAAUUUCGACAUUUUAAAACUCAGUAUUUUAAAUUUUUAAAUAUCGAUAUUGUGUCUGGAAAAUCUCAGUUUAAAUUUUUUUAGAUUUCAGUUCACAUGUCAAAAUUUUAGAAUGAUUUAUUUGGUUUACCAAGUGCCAUAUUCAUGAGAAUUAAAUGGAGAUUCAAUCCUGAAUUAAAAAUGUUUUCAAAAUUUGGUAACAGCUAGCUAGCAUUUUUAGAUAAAGCAUUAUCCGCAUAUACCUUUAGUAAUUGCUAUACUGGGUUGACGAAACAAUCCGGGA